AGCAGAGAAUACUGGGUCCAAUUGAAAGUACAAAGGGAAUUUAGAUAGGCAGAACAGAAUUAUUCUAACUACAGUUUCACCAGGACAGUUCAGGGUGGCCAUAUCUUGCUGAAACAAGCAUCAUGACGAUUAAAAAAAAUAGGAGGAUGUGUUUUCAGCUCAGAGCCAAGGUACAGCACGUAGAACAGGCAGCAAGAAAAGAUAAAGCAACAGAGCAAGCAUGGUUCAUAGGAGGCACACACUUUAUGCCCUGUCUAGUGGAAUGUCACGUUUUGACUUCUGAUUGGCCGAGGAAUGCAGGAGUCAGUUUUCACUGGAGUUGAUCAGAAAGUUUCCCUCUGCUUUGCAAAGUCGCUGUCUGAGCAGAAUCGUCGGAAAGAAGAGGCCAGUUGCUCUGAUACUUCCCUAAAAAGCUACUUAAAUGAAAUGAGAGGACUUCUCUAUCCAAGGAUUUACAGCCUAGAAAAGAAGCAAAGAAGUUAUUUUCCCCUUUUUCUCCCCCUACUCCCAGUAGAGCUGAUCAGAUCUCAGUUCUGGCAUGCGUCUCAUCUCUCAGAAUACUAUGUCACAGUAUUCUACUAACUUUCUCUUGCUUCCCAUACCCGAGAAUCCUGUCUUAGACUGUGUGCCCAACAAAAUCAUCAAGCUUGUUGUACUUGGUGGCAGUAACGUUGGCAAGACAGGUGCCUUGUAUUCAAGAAAAUUCACCAUAGACGGAGAGCAGAUCUCCUUACAGGUGCAGGAUACACCCUUUGUCUCAUUGGAGGAUGAUAAUGACAGUAUUUGCUGCCAGGAGCAAAUAAACCGUUCAAUCUACUGGGCGGAUGGUUUUGUAUUCGUUUACUCCAUCACGGACUACGAUAGCUAUCGGGUCAUCCGACCCCUGUACCAGCACAUUCGCAAGAUCCAUCCCAACGCCAACAUCCCCCUGCUUCUGAUGGCCAACAAAGGGGACCUGCUGCGAGCCAGACAGGUGUCUUCCAGAGAAGGGCUUCAACUGGCCAAUGAGCUGGGUGGCACUUACUGCGAAGUGUCAGCCCGGGAGAACUGUGAGGGGGUGCACGAGGCCUUCCAGCAACUUUGCCAGGAGGUGGGCAGGAUGAUUGGGAGCUGCAAUGGGGAAAAACGGAGAGGGCUCCACCUCAUCCGGCCCAAGUCUCCAAACAUGCAAGACUUAAAGAGACGUUUGAAACAGGCACUGUCUUCCAAAGGGAAAUCUGCCACUACACUUUGACCUAGCUGACAGCUAAUUCAAAAAGCAAGCAAGCAAGCAAGCAAGCUGAUAUUUAUGUCUCUGUUUCCUCAAAAUUCAAUAGGCACAUUGAUUUUUAAAGAUCUCAGUUAAACAUCCUGUUUCCUUCAGCAAAAGCACCUAUCAAAUGGGUAUUUCUGAGCAAGAGCUUAGAAACUGUGUUUAAAAAAAUAACGUCAAAAGCUAUGCACUUUUUAAAAGGAGACAUUGCCAAGUAGUUUAGGUCUACAAUUUAGGUUUCAUUAAUAAGAAAAGAUUUUUAAAAUCCUAGAAGAGCGAAGAGAAAUGUCUUGGGUUUUUGCUUUGGGAUGUAAAUAUUCCCAAACACAAACAUUAGGGAGCCAAAGCAUGACAACAGGAGAAUGAAAUUGACUAUAUACAGAAAGUGAAACUCCACUAGACUACUUUCCCUAUUCUGUGCUAGCUAAGUGAAAUUCAAAAAGCAACCAAACAGAAAUGGUGAAAACGAUGUGAGAUUCAAAUUAGAUACUUUAAAUUAUGUUAUAAAGUUAUUAAUAAUAAUGGGAAUGAUUUUUUCAAAUAUGAUUUUUAUUAUUACAGUGCCUUUUUAAAGGAAAUGUAAAAAAAUCACAGUUCUCUGAUUUUUUUUAUUUUUAUUAUUACAAGUAACACCUAGGUUGACUGUAACUGAAAGAUUGGAGGAAAAAGAUAUGUUUCUCUUAUUUUUUUCUGUUUGUUUACUUUGACAGCACUUUUUAGUUAGUUUUACUAUAGUCUGCUUCCCGCCUUUUUUGGUGGGUCUUCCACAUGGCAACAGGAGAGAAAAAACAUAAAAAAAAAUAGAGAAGUAUGAUUGUAAAAUCACAAACAUGGAGUGGCAGCAUCUCCUUGCGUUGUGUCUCGGCAUGCGCAUCUCACUGUAUAACCUUCAUCACAUGAUUUUUUUUAAAAUAGGAUCUUAGUUUUGUUAGCAUUGUUUGUAGAGAAAAAAGUUUAACUGUAUAAAUAAAAUUAAUUAACCUUCAGAGCAAUUCCCACAAAGCCCACUCAGCAGAUGAGCUAAUCUUAUUGCCUGCAGUUGGUUUGAAUAUGUUUCUGUGCGUGUGUGUAGCGGGAUGGUUACCCGCUCCUGCCCUGAGGGGUUUAAAACAGGGCUGUGGAUGGGCAAGAUGCCUGGGCUGAUUGGGAGGAAGCAGGCUC